AGCCGAGCAGAGCUGGAAUAAUCGACAGAGGGGACGUUGUUCAAAUCCAAUGAGUGAAGGCACUUCCUUUGUCGGACUCUUUGUGGGGCUCCUGCUCAGUGCGACAGGUGUGCAUGCCUCCUGUCCCAUUGAGUUGAGCCCCCCCAGUGUCGUGGUGCGAUAUGGAGACUCGGUCGCGGUGAACUGCAGCGCGGAGAGACCGGUUGAAGGAAUGGGCUGGGAGGCUUCAGAAGGAGGCACGGCUCUGGAGCACGUCAACCACCUGACCUGGACUGUGGCGAGCCUCACCGACUGGACCAUCGCCCCCUCGUGCUUCAUCAACCUGCCACCGGACACCCAGUGCUCCCGGGACCCGACAGUUAUACUUUACACUUUUCCAGAGACCAUCAGCAUCAGAUCCAGCAGCAGAUCAGGUGGUGUGAUGGAUGAAGGGAUGCAUUAUAGCUUCAGCUGUGACAUCCACAAUGUAGCUCCUGUUCAAAAUGUCACUGUUAUGUGGUACAAAGGAGAUGCAAUGGUAUACAGAGAGAUUAUUGACAAUCCCAGUAAGGAACCAGUAAAUCACACGUCUGUAUUGAGCGUCACGCCGACCAGAGAAGACAACGGAGUCACGUUCAGAUGUGAGGCGAUGCUGGACCUGUUGCCAGAGGGACCUCAACUCAUCGCAUCUUCACAAGAGUUUAAUAUCACAGUUUACUAUGGACCGAAAGUGCAAUGUUACUUAUCGGAAUACUUGGAUAUACGUGAAGGAGAGACAUUAGAGAGGGGAUGUCAUGUGACAGGACGUCCCAGCCCAACAGUCCGCUGGAUGAAAGCUGGCCGGCCCGCCGACCCAAACGCCCCCCUGAGCAGGAGCGAUGCAGGCCGGUACACCCUCGAAGCCGAGGGCGCCACCUUCAUCCGGAAGGAACUGUCGAUUCAAGUAUUGUAUGGCCCAGAGGUAAAAUGUCCAGACACUUACACGGCAGUGGAGGAUGCUCCUCACAACCUCUCCUGCGAUGUGAUUGGCUAUCCGAUACCUGAGACCAUCUGGUACAAAGAUGGCGAGGAGGUGGAACUCCCAGAGAGCUUCACAAGAAGCGACACUGGGCAGUACUCGAUCACGGCUUCAAGCAUUCUGUCCAGUGUCGACUACACAGUGGAUAUCAAUGUCGUAUACCCGCCAUCACAGAUAGUCGAGCUCGAGGACUCUGAAGUGUACGUUGGUUCUGCCGUGUGGCUGAAGUGCUCCUCCACGAGCAACCCACGACCACACUACUCGUGGGAUUAUUACCGGACCGCCAAUGUGAUGGUGGAAAAUGAAGAUGGAGUGUCCCGUCUGCACAUCCACAAUGCCACUGCAUACAACAUGGGCUCCUACACGUGUCACGCCUCGAACGACAUCGGAAAGGUCUCGGGAACAGCCAGAGUCACAGUGAAAGGGGGGGGCCGUUUCCUCCCCGGUGUUGCGGAGGACUGGCUGGGGGCUGUGCUGUGUGUGUGUAGCCGUAGCUUAGCUUCGCCCUUUUACCCAAAAAAAGUCAACAAGUCGUCCCAUGAAGCCGAGGGAAGGAAGGAAGGAAGCAGGCGGAACCUCAGAGGCGCGCGCUGGAACCGAAGAGGGUCGACGGAGUGUCGCCGGGACCAACUUUACGCUUCUUCAAUGGACGCUUUGAACUCUCUGCGUCUGCUUUCGGUCCUUUUGACUUUACAGCUGCUGUCGCUUUCCAACGGGACAGCACCGAGUGCCAGCGUCGAAUGCCCCAUCGAGAUAACUCCGGACAGGAUGGUGGUGCGAUACCAAAGCAGAGGCCUGCGCCGUGCGAUAUGCACACCGGCAUCCGCCGACUCCACGCAUCUCAAGGAAAUGUACUGGCAGGUCGCGCAGGGCGACAAAACCAACGGCACGAGUUGGUUGGCCGACACCGACCAGGACUGGGACCCCAGGCCCGUCUGCACGGCGACGUUUAACGUGAUAGGAACGUGCCAGAAACCUUUAAACUUCACCCUCUACAAAACACCAGACAGCGUCUCCAUCCGUCCCAUGGUCGGCUCGGUGGUGGAGCAGAGGGAGUUCCAGCUGCGGUGCGACAUCACCGGCGUCGCUCCGGCAGCAAGCGUCGGCGUGCGUUGGUACCGAGGGAACGAAACCUUCGAGCCACUCCGCAGAGGCCCCCUGCAAGUGGCUGACUGCCAGCCCGAGAACGCCACAACCUGCGACCCGGGAGACGUCCGCUCGCCGCUGAGCGUGUCGUCCACCAUCAGCCUCACUCUGAACAGAACGGACAGCGGGGCCGAGUUCAGCUGCGAGGCUCUGUUGGAUCUGGGGCCCGAGGGGCCGCAGCCGCCUCCCAGCAUGAUGUCCAGUCCUUUCAACGUCACCGUCUACUAUAAGCCCGUCAUUAAUACCACGAAGCUUCCAAAGGCGGUCCCCGUGUUCAGGGGCUACCCGGAGGAGCUGGUCUGUGAAGCCGAGGGCCAGCCGACUCCGAAGAUCCAGUGGCUCUACAGCCCGGACGUCGUCCCCCACGUGUCCGGAGACACGCUCGUCGUGUUCGAGGCCGGCGUCUACAACUGCAGCGCCAGCAACCAGGUGGAUUCCGUCUACCACGUGGUCAACGUGAUUCUUAAAGAGGACUACCUUCCCCUCAUCGCUGGAUUCGUGGCUGUCGCAGUCGUCGCCAUCUCCAUCGUCUUCCUCUUCAUCUACUCGAUCUACUACAAGAACACCAAGAUGCGCCGCUACAGUCUUAAAAACCCCAAAGUCGACACCCCCAGCAGCAACGUAGCCCACAACGGGUGGGACAUGCAGUUGCCUAUGACCAAACUCAGUCACACCAACAGGAAGUGCACCGUGUCUGGCCUCUUCCAAGGACAGCCUGUGACCUCGCCCUGUCCCGUCCAGAUGAACCCUCCGAGCGCCGUGGUGAGGUUUGGUGACUCCUUCUCCGUCAACUGCAGCUCCCCAUCGGACCUGAUAGAGUCAAUGGGCUUGGAGUCCAUCUACGGCAGCUCCAUGAGUUCAACUGGCAACUCUUCCGUUGCCUUAGAAGUCGAGUCAGUGAGAGACUGGGCGUUCGGACCGAUCUGCUUCCUCAAUCACCUCCGCGAUGGUCAGUGUUCACAGACCCUCCCAGUCACCGUGUACAAAACGCCGGACAUGGUGUCCAUCUCUCCGCCAAGUCUAGAGGGCCUGGUUGAGGGCGAAAGCUACAGCAUACGGUGUGACAUUCUCAAUGUCGCACCAGUAAGUAACCUCUCCGUGCACUGGCACCGCGGAGAUACCAUCCUCUACACGGAGAGGUUUGACGGGUCCAGUCUGUCUCCGGUCAACAAGACGUCUGUCUUCAAUCUGACGGCCCAAAGAGGGGAUGAAGAAGCUCCAAUCUGGUGUGAAGCGCAGCUGGACUUCUGGAGACCAGUCCCCAAUCUGCCCACCAUCAAGUCGGAGUCACGUGACGUGACUGUCCUGUACCCGCCGGCCUUCGCGGAGCCCAACAAUGAGACGCUGGAGCUUUCGGAUGGCAGUAAAUUCAUUUUAAAUUGCACAGCUGCAGGGAGACCAACGCCGGUGUACAGCUGGCGCUUCCCACACCCCAUACAACGAACCAAUCAAAAUGUGAACCGAUCCGUGCUGGCCCCGCCCGUUCAGCUUCCAGGCACCUAUGCGUGCACGGCGUCGAACAGCCAGGGCUCCGAGACCAAAUAUUUCACCGUCACCGAAGCUCCACGGAAUCGCACAGUCUUCGCAGCCUUGGUUGGAGGAGGUGUGUUCCUGGGAGUCGUGAUCUUCAUCGUCGGCCUCCUUUCGUUGACACCCGAAGGCAAGAUUUCUUUCGGCAAAGGCGGCUAUCGCAAAGGACGGUCCACGUCGGCACCCAUAUGGGGGCCCUUUUGUUCCAACAUAGUUCCCUGCAGAGUUGCCAAGCUUGUUCAAGUUGGAAUUCCCUCUCUCUUCCCUCUCUCUCUCGCUCUCUCUCUCCUCCAUCGACGGCUCGGUGCGGAAAAUAACAUGGGAGACAACUUUAUCAAAUGGAUCCUGACGCUUUGCAUGUUCUACUCGGUGUCAGGUGAAGGCUGCUCCCUAAUCCUCAAGCCCUCCCGGGUGGUGGUGGGCUUCGGGGAGCCGGUGUCAGUCCUCUGUGAAGCCGCUCGCCCGGUGCGUGUCCUCGGCUGGGAGUCGGCCAUCAGCGCCGCUCACACCCAGCAGGACCUGUCGGUGCAGUGGAAGGUGGACAGCCUCAUCGACUGGAUCGAGGAGCCCAUCUGUUACGGGGUGUUCUUCACGGCUCCCCGACAGUGCGAGGAGAAACUCAACCUGGUCCUCUACAAGACCCCAGAUAGCGUCUCCAUCCGGCCUGUGAACCACACCGGCCCCAUGGUGGAGGGGAAGGAGUACCAGCUGCUCUGUGAGGUUCAGAACAUCGCUCCGGUGCAGUACCUCACCCUGAGGUGGUACAAGGGCCAGACGGAGGUUUACAACAGCUCCUUCUCCGAGCUCACAUCCUCCUCGCCCGUCCAAGUGUCCUCCGUCCUCAUGGUCACGCCAACCAAACACGAGAACGGGGCGCAGUACAGGUGCGUCGCGGAGCUGGAGCUCGGACCGGAGGGACCACAGACACCUCCCACUGUGACCUCGGAGCCUCUCGAUGCCUCCGUGUACUUUUCCCCGGCGUUCCUCAGGCCAGAACCCGAGGUUUUGGAUCUCGUCGUGGGUGCUGAAAUGACCUUGGACUGCACCGCCACAGGGAACCCCACCCCUGUGUACAGCUGGCAAUCCUCCAAUCCCAUCGAGGAGAGGAUGGAGGAUGAAGCAGCGCUCACCUCCUCCUCACUGCUCCCCGGGACCUACACCUGCACUGCCUCCAACGCACUGGAGAAGAAGAGCAAGCAGUUCAUUGUCAAAGCCAAGACCAAAGGUGUUUGAAACCAGACAUCUUGAUAUUGGAUCAGAUGACCACAUUGGACAUACGAGGAGAUUCUAACUAAGUGGAUUCUACUGCUGCAGCUUCGGAGACGGAAAUGAUAAUGCAUUCAUGACUCAAGAGAUAUUUAUGAGGAUUUUGCUCUCUGACAGAAUUAGAUGUCAUUUAAAAAUAAUAAUAUAUAUAUAUAUAUAUAUAUAUAUAUAUAUAUGAAUAUACUGUGUUUGGAAACUAUGAUUAAAUGUGUCAGUAUUUUAACAUGUGUUCAGUGAGAUACUUUGGUGAUAUAGUUAAUUGUUUAUGCUUCCCUUGUGAUAUCUUGUCCCUAGUUAAUUUUUUUCUAGAAUUAUUUUCAUAUUAAUGAAAUUAUCUUGUAACAUUAUGGUAGCUACUCUUGACAUAGCAAUGAUGACUACAUUAUCAUUAACGUUUGCAGGAAAUGUAAUACCGAAUGUUAAAGAUCAGCAGGCCAUUACUGUAAAUAUGAAAUGUUUCUUGAUUUUAUUAUCUUUAUUAAUAAAAGUUAAAUGAAAAAAGUU